AUUCAGAUAUGGAUGUAGCUGCUGGUGGCGGUUUCAAAACCGUUGCUUCUCCUAUUCCUUACAUCUUUGGUAGCAUAGUUCUCAUGCUUGCAAUUAUAACAUUUGCAUUAGUUAUUCUAUCUUGUUCUUGUCAAGAAAAUUCAUCACCUACAACUUUAACAAAUGAAGAUAAAUCUAUGAAGAAUGUGGAAAUGGUGGUAGAUUUAGAGCCUAAGAUUGUUGUCAUUAUGGCUGGAGAUAGUAACCCUACUUACUUGGCUAAACCUGUUUCAUCAACAUACCAUACUGAAGAAAUGGUUUAAAACUAUGAUAAUUUCAUAUUCAAAUCAUCAGAACAAUAAUGGAGAGAAAUUAGAGAACAAAGAAGGGUUAGUAGUGAUUUAUUCCCUCAUAAUACAUGUGUAUUUUGAUUUAUCCCCUUUAAAAUAAAUUUUAAACACCCCCUAUAAUUUUGGGGUACUCCUAAGCGUGUAAAAACUAAGGUGGAAAAUAAAAAAAAAAAUUGACAGGAGG